ACACAGCUGACACUGAAUAAUUGAGGAAAUACCUGGGGGUGGAAGUAAACAUCAACGCCAUUUUGACUGGUGCGGAGGUUAAUUUUACCUUUCCGAAAAAAAGCUGUGAUUCCCAAAUUUAUAAAGUAUGGCAUCCAAAAUAGACAGAAGCACGAGAAUGAUGAUCAGGUUAUCAAGAAGGGGAUGUACAAAUAGACCUUUCUACCAUAUUGUUGUAAUGAGAAAUAGGCAGCCAAGGGAUAAAAAGGUCACAGAUCAACUCGGAACUUUUGAUCCGCUACCAAACAUACACAAUGAGAAGCUUGUGGCAAUAGACUUUGAAAAGUUACGGAGGUGGUUAGAGAAGGGAGCCAUUUGUAGUCAACCUGUAGAGGUUUUACUAGGCUAUGCUGGAUUUUUUCCUGUCCAUCCAAGAACUAGACUUUCUUCUUUUAGAAAACAGAGAAAAUUAGAGGAACAAAAUGCAAUUAACCAAACAGAAGUAGAAGGAAAGACUGAGGAAAGCAAAAUCAGUUGAUAACACAAAACUGUAAAAUGUGAAAAAAAUCUUUGUGAAAAUUGUGUUGGAUCUGUUAAGCAUAGAGAUAUUAAUGUUUUUAAUUACAUAUUAUAAAGAGGAAUUUAAAUGUGACUCUUUAUUAAGUAUGCGCCAAUUAAUUUUGGCUGGAAUGUAAAGCAGAGAACAUAUAUAAGUUUCCUAUGAGAAAUGAGUGGAACUACAGCUUUGCUUGAACGAGUUACAUUUUAAUUAGAUGUGCAGCUGGUUCAACAGGACAUCUCCAGAAAGAACUGAUAUGCAAAAUAUUUCAUUAAUGAUUUCAUGUUACAUUUUUGAUGCAGUUCUUCAAAAACUUAUAAAUCAGUUUGGACAGGGAAAUUUUUAUUUCUGCAUUUCUAUGACAGUACUUUGUUUCGUCCUCUUUAAAAAUAUCCAAGGUGAUUACCAGUUUGAAAUUGUUAUUACAUAUUGAAAACUGUGUACCUUUUGUUUAUGAGACAUCACAUAAUUUCUGUGUUUCUGUGAACUGCAAGUAAAUUUACAAAAAUUUAUUUAUGAAACAGGCUAUUUUGAAAUUAAAAGAUGUGAUAAAUAGUUUGCUUGGAAUUGUACUUAUACCUUUUUUGUGUGAGCAACUUGUAUAAUAAGGUCAAUUCUUUGCAUAGAAGGGUUAAAAGUAUUAAGAGAAAAUCUUAAAUCUCUGAAAUAUUUUUGAGAGACAGCUAUUGCCUACUAUUGAAACAGUAAAAAGCAAUAAGGGUUAACAAAUACUGCUUAAAAAUUAAUUUUCGGGAAAAAACAACAUUUUUUGUUGUCUACUGAUAACUGCCAAAGUAUAACUUAGAAUUCAUAAAACAAUGAUAUUUAGGUUGAUAUUUUAUGAAUUUGAUGAAAUUAAUUUUACCUUAUAAAGUAACUGGAUGAUGAAUCAGAUGUCAUAGAUAUUACCUGCUUAGUUUGCUGACCAAAUGUUUUCAUAUUAAAUAAAUUUUAUUGUCUACAACUCACACAA